GUUGAGAUGAAGAAGCAUAUAUAACUUAUAUCUUUUAUUAAGAUAUCACAACCAAAUUUUGGGCAAGAAAUCAAAAACUCAUUAUCUAAGCAUGGCUUUGCAAUUGAGCAGUGCAUGCUACUUCUCUGCAUUGAGUAGGAGUGCGGUUGGUGCAGUUAGAGGCGGCAGUGUAGGUGCGAAGAAGGCUGAGGUGGAAAAAGUGAAGCUUGGAGGCUCCGAACUGCAGGUGACCCGGAUUGGAAUCGGAUCUUGGUCGUGGGGCGACGCCACUUAUUGGAAUAACUUUGAAUGGGAUGACAGGAAACUAAAGGCAGCUACGGCUGCAUUUGAUGCCGGCAUUGAUUCCGGCAUCACAUUCUUCGACACCGCAGAGGUCUACGGCUCUCCGAUGGCAUUGGGCGCCAUGAGCUCCGAAACAUUACUAGGAAAGUUCAUCAAGGAAAGGGAGAAAAGGUGCCAAGAUUUAGAGGUAGUCGUUGCCACCAAAUUCUCCGUUUUCGGGUGGAGGCUAGGGCGCCACAGCGUCGUCUCCGCCCUCAAAGACUCCUUAGCGCGCCUCCAGCUGCCGUCCGUGGACCUCUACCAGCUCCAUUGGCCUGCAAUAUGGGGAGAUGAAGGUUAUAUUGAUGGUCUAGCAGAUGCAGUGGAGCAAGGUCUGGUUAAAGCUGUUGGGGUAUCAAACUAUAGUGAGAAGCGCCUUUGUGCAGCUUAUCAUCAGCUGAAGAAGAGAGGCGUACCUCUGGCUUCGAAUCAAGUGAACUACAGCCUUAUAUACCGAUGGCCCGAGGAAAAUGGCGUGAAAUCGGCUUGUGAUGAGCUCGGGAUCACCUUGAUCGCCUACUCGCCUCUUGCUCAGGGUGCUCUAAGUGGGAAAUAUAGCCCCAAAAAAACUCCAUCUGGGGUUAGAGGAAUGAUUUAUACUAGUGAAUUCAUGGGAAAAUUACAACCUUUGAUGGAUCGAGUGAAGGAGAUAGGAGAGAGCUAUGACAAAACCCCUACUCAGGUGGUGUUAAAUUGGCUGAUUUCACAAGAAAACGUCGUCCCAAUCGCCGGAGCUAGGAAUGCAAAACAAGCUGAGGAGUUUGCCGGUGCAGCCGGAUGGCGGCUCAGCAACCGUGAAGUCGAUGAGCUCCGAUCCAUGGCUUCAAAAAUUAAACCCGCCAUAGGUUUUCCGGUAGAGAAUUUGUAGAGUUUUCCUAAAUUAGUAAUGAUCUGUACAUGAAUUAAGACACUAGUUAUGAACUAGAUAGUAAUUCAUCUCAAUCAUAUUACCACCUAAAGUAAAUUCUCUUCCAAUAAUGAGGUAUCCAUGCUAUUACAUUCAAA